AUGACCAAGCCGUACGUCCAAUCAGGAGAGCCUUUGCACGAGUUCCUGCGCUCCUUCUGGCAGAGGCAAGUGGAUGCUGCCGAGCAGGAGACUCCUGACUAUCGUCACCCGCCCCUCCCCCUUGCCAGGAUAAAGAAGGUGAUGAAGAAUGACCCCGACGUCAAGAUGAUCGCUGCGGACGCGCCCAUACUUUUCUGCAAGGCUUGCGAGAUCUUCAUCGCAGAAAUAACCUCGCGCGCGUUCAUCAUCGCCGACUCGAACAAACGGCGGACUCUGUCACGUUCGGACAUCGCUAAGGCGCUGAACAAGUCUGACCAGUUCGACUUUCUUAUCGACAUCGUGCCGCGGGAAGACCCGUAUGGGCCUGCGGCGACUGGGCACUCCAAAACCGCGGUGAAGAAGAACGCAGCAGGCCCAAGCAUCAAGCGCGACUCAAGGACCGGUGGACACGGAGAUGGACAUCGGGAUCGACCAGAAUUCGAAAACGCCUCCGGCAGUCGAGGCGAUGUGCCCCCUACAGAUGUAUUAGAUCAGCUGCAAUCCCUCUUGCAUUCCCCCGCACCUAUAGACCGGCCUCCGAUGCCUUGAGGGUUUCUGCCAUCGCUCUCUGAGAUUUCUGUAUAUCGAUCGCUUCUGGAUUCAUUAUCUAUAUCUCUUUCUAUUGGUCCUU